GCUGGCGCGGGGCCGCGGGGCCCGACGGGAGCUGGCGCCGCGCCGGAAGUGGCCUCCGCGAGGCGUGGCUGAGGUGGGGGUCCCGAAGAAGAACCCGGUCGGCGUCGCGGGGAGAUGGCGUACCUGUCCUGGAGGGGGGCCCUGAUGGGGAAUCCUAGAUUUUUCAUAGUCAGAAUUAACCAAACAAAAUAAGCCAAGAUGUCUGUGGAUCCGAUGACCUACGAGGCCCAGUUCUUCGGCUUCACACCGCAAACCUGCAUGCUGAGAAUCUACAUUGCAUUUCAAGACUACCUGUUUGAAGUGAUGCAGGCCGUCGAACAGGUCAUUCUGAAAAAGCUAGGUGACCUCCCAGGCUGUGAGAUCAGCCCCGUCCAGGUUCGUAAAUGCACAGAGAAAUUCCUCGGCUUCAUGAAGGGACGUUUCGAUAACCUUUUUGGCAAAAUGGAGCAGCUGUUUUUACAGUUGAUUCUGCGCAUUCCCCCAAACAUUUUGCUUCCGGAAGACAAACCCCAGGAGCUGCAUCCUUGUAGUGAGGAAGAGUUCCGGCUCCUCCAGGAGGAAAUUGAACAGUUACAGGAGAAGUAUAAGACUGAAUUAGGCACUAAGCAGGCCCUUCUCGCAGAAUUAGAGGAACAAAAAAUUAUGCAGGCCCAACUUAAGCAGACACUUGUUUUGUUUGAUGAACUCGAAAAUGCUGGCCGAGAUCACGGGACUAGUGAUUUUAGGGAAAGCCUGGUGUUCAUGGUCCAGAACUCCAGAAAACUACAGACUAUUAGGGACACUGUGGAACGGGAAGGCAAGAGAAUGAAAAUACUGUAAUUUCUAAGUAGUGACAGGAACCUGUCAGAAAGUAGAAUAGGAAGGGAUUGAUGUGAAUGAUAUUCUGGUGAACUGAAUGUCUUAUGGGAUUUCAUUUAUUGGCUCUUUCUUGUACUCCGCACUUCCCUCUGUCUGGCCCCACUCUGCUAGGGCAUCUACACUACCUUGAACUAAUCCUUGGAGCCCAUGUUCCCUAGAGACCUCUCACAGGUGGGAAGGGGUUCCUGGUCCAGCAGCAUGUCACCGGGCACCAGGACUGCAGAGAGAUCUGUAAAAGCAGUUCCUUGAUCAGGGGCUCCUUGUAACCUUGAUCCUUCUGACUUAUUCUUUGGAUGCGAACAAAUGAGAAAAAGGUUAAGUGGGCAGCUUCAUUAGGAACCAGCCACUGCAUGGCUGGAUGGGUGCUGGCACCUGUGGCCUGCUCUCGUCCACGAAUUGCCUUACACAGCAAAUUAGCCGAUGGGAAGAAGCAAAUAGAGAAACACCACCUGUGUGAUCCUUAGUAAAGAGAGAAGUUGUUUUCGUUCCUAAAAUAAAUGCUUUCUGUGAUCAUGGUGUUGGAGAUGUGGAGCUGUUUGCUCUGUGGGAGCCUGGUUGGGGAAGACCAUGGACACAGAAGAGGCAAGUGUAGCUGGAGUGGAGGGACAAGCCUAGAACAGCCGGGAGCAAAGUAUCUGAACUGACCACUAGGUAUUUAUGUCAUUUUCCUCCCAUACUUUAGUUUUGCCUUGUCCCUAAUAUUUUUAACUUACUUAUUCAUACUCCUACGCAUCAAAUAUUUAGUGCCCACAGUGGGAAAUUUUAGCUGCCUCGUGCUUGGAUUUAGUGGAAUCUAAUAUUUUCUUCUGAAAUUAAUCCAUGUGAAGUGUUAUAUCACCCAUAAAAAGAGCAGAAUAGCAGUAGCUGCUCCUACAGUGUUGCUUACUUUCCAUGUCUUCCAAAAGAACAGGAUUUCGAGUUUCUCCUUUAUGUAGAAGAGUAGCUCAGGGCAUUAAUACUUGGAAUUAAAUAUUCAUAGAUUUAAGAUGCCUGUAUUCA